AUGAGUGCAUUGGUGAGCAAACUGACAAAACCUGGAGUGGAAAUUAUUGUUAUGGUAAUCAUAGCUCUUAUUAGCACAUCGUGGAGUUUGAUAUACUUUUUCAAAACUAAAAUUGUGGAAGACAAACAAUGUUUUCCUGUGUUUGUUGAGCCAAAACCUCCUGAAUACAUUUCCUAUCAAACCGUGAAAAGUCAAAGUUGGGAGCUGAAAUUUUUCUCAAUCGAUGGGUACAUCGCAAUAGCCAUCAGUGUCUUAUAUACAAUUCUAGUCGCUGCACUAGUUUUUGGGGGGAGAACCCAGCAACGAAGGAAGAAUUUGAAAAAUGAUAAAUUAUACUUCAAUGACUUGGACAAUUUGGUGCUAGCUUUCAUCAUAGCCAGUUCUGCUCUCCACUUGUUCAUUUGUAUCAUAAUGUCUUCUCAGUAUCGGGAUACAGCAAAACGAUUAUUUUGGAGAGAGAAAAAGAAAGAGGAAAAUGUGAAGGCCAUUUUGGUGGAGUCAUCUGUUCAUCCGACAACUAUUGGAACUAACAAAUCAUCGGGAACUUCAAACAAAACAUAUUGA